AUGCAGUCUUUUGUCCCACUGACGGUGAUCGCUUUGUUUUUGCUGACAAAAGUUAGAUCAGACGCCAAUGAUGACAAAUGUGCUGCCUGCUUGGAACUGUUCGAGCUUCUCGAUGAUCUGAACAGCCAUCAGAAUGUGGAACAGACAAAUUUCUCCAAGAAUACUGAGGUAAAUAUUCCACAAGUUUAGUUGUUAUUUUUUUAUAAUCUCCUAAAUAGUUACAUUAAUAUAAUAUUCUUUCGUUUUUAGUUCGCCUGCAACAUCCUUCAGUUCAACCUCAAAACUCCUGCCAUUUACAAUGUGUGUGUUUUUGUAAAGACCAACAUCCCUAAUAUCUACAACUACGUUAGGACUGUUGACCAGGGAGUGAAACCAAAGAAGCAUUGCCAAGUGUUUUUCCGCUGUAAAUUUCCGGAAGUGAUUCCGCGCGUUCCACAGAAAGACUCUACUGUUGCUGCAGACAACGAUACGAAAAAUGAGAUUUCGAGUAAACCGUAA